AUGGCAGCGACCGCGACGGACCCCUUUGGAGCGUCGAGCCCGCUGGCUUCGAUGCAUCCUACAAUGACUGAGCACGACUUCCGUUUUCCACGGAGGCCAGGUGACGCUGCGGCCGGCAACCACUUGAACCGGAGACCUGACCGAUUCGACCAAGAUCGCACAUCUGCUACCGGUUCUAGGAUGGCGGCGGCGGCAUCCACGACAACCGGCGCACCAAGAGCAAUGACGACAGGGCCGAGCGGCCAACGCCCGGGGCCGCGCGAGUCUCGUCUAGACCUGCCCCUGACUCAGGGUGCUGCCCACCCAGACCUGCUGCGCUCCGCCGCCUUCCAGCCGUUUCAGCGGAGUGCCGCGCGUGAGGCCCAGAACUUGGACGAGAUGCAGAGGCAGGACCCGCUGGCCACCCAGAUUUGGAAGUUCUACGCCAGGACGAAGCAGCUUCUUCCUGCCCAGGAGCGUAUGGAAAACUUGACGUGGCGAAUGAUGCAUCUCAAGUUGCAGAGGACAAGGACAGCCAACGCGAUAAAAAACAGCCGUGCUCUAGGCCCAGCAGCGAAUGCCCCCAGCGGGAUUGCGCAAUUGCGCAAGUCCUCCGAGCAUGCCCCGCUACCACCAGACCCAAUGAACCUAGACGACUUCAUUCACAACGACAACGUCGGAACGCCAGCUGGCCUUGCCCUGACCCCGACCCCGGAAGCCAUGCGUCAGGCCGAGGAUAGGUCGGCCCAUCCCACGGCGACGGCCAUUCCCAUCAAGUCUCGCAAGGACUCGUCCCAGUAUCUGGCUCCCCAGUCCGUCCCCGUCGCCGCCCACCAGCGAGUCCAGGACGAGUUUGGUUAUCUUCCUCGCCAUCCGCGCAAGACUAGCAUCGACGAGACGGGCCAACGUACCCGGAAGCGUCCGGCCAACUUCUCCCCUCACGUCCCCGCUGUCAACAGCGGCGUCACGACAAAUGGACUGGACGCCGACGCAGAAUUGAACGAGUACUCGCUGGACCACUUACACCAGCCCGCCUCCCUGACCCAGCCGCCCAAUCACACGGGAGUCCCCUUCCCGCUUGACACCUUCCGCUUGAACGACCUCAACAUAACCUCCACCGGCCCAUUCCAACAUCACUUUUCCUUCUCACCCGCCACGUCGCCAAUGGUGGCCAAUGACCCGUUCUCCAGCCUCUACGGUGGCUCUUCGAUACCUUCCGGCCCCUUGGCUACCGACUUCUAUUCCCCUCCAGGAUCUGCUUACCAGUCCGCUGUUUCCACUCCGCACCCCCUAGGCGAUGCCGAUGGUUUUUAUUUUGGACAGAUGGAUAUGCGCCAUUUGCGUCAGCAGCAGUCGUACAGAACUGUUCACUCGGGGAUGGGCAACGCAUUGGGCCAGCAAUUCCCGUACGGGGCUAAUGGCAACUUGAUGUUCCCUCCCGCCUCCACCGGUUCCGAACCAACUUCCACAUUCAACGCCCCAGCCUCUUUUGGUCAUGUUGACCCCACGCGGGUGUUUCAACAGGAGCUCCCUACUCGAUCUCCCGCUGUCGGCUUGGGCCAAGAGAACAUGUUUUCGUUUGGCGCCGAUUCAGAUGACGAGGAGGGAGGUGCUUUUGCUGACCGCAACAUCCCGAUACCUCAAGACCUUUCGCCCCAAGGCAUGGAAGACAGCGGGUUUGACAGCUCGUCACUUCAAUGGGACCCGUCCCUCCCCGGCAAUUUUAGUAUGCAGGCAGCUAGGUAUCCGGCCGGGCCUACCCGGAAACAGGUGACAAUAGGUGGUACGACGACCGACUACGUCGACUCGGGUGGCGAUUGGGAAGGAUCGGGGUUGAACCGGUCGCAAUCGCAAUCUUUUGGUACCACGGAUGGGCGCACCGGUAAAGUACCGCGAACGGCUUCGACACCGAGACUGGCCAACGGAACAAAUCCGUUCGAUAGGCUGGCGCGGUCAACACCAAACUCGCCACCGGCUGACGCCAAUCACGCCUCGGCUUUCUCCUCUGCGGCUACCAGCCGUCCCUCGUCCCCUCCUCCAGCAUCGAGACAUGGGUCGACAACCAACCUCCAAGCUGCGGGAAGCAGCCAGGCUGAGAGUAGUACCAAUGCCAACGCUAAUACACCCACGACAUGUACAAAUUGUUUCACCCAGACAACGCCGCUCUGGCGCCGGAACCCCGAGGGCCAGCCCUUGUGUAACGCCUGCGGCUUGUUCCUUAAGCUUCACGGUGUGGUCCGGCCUUUGAGCCUGAAAACGGACGUCAUCAAGAAGCGAAACCGCGGUUCCGGUUCAAGUCUCCCCGUUGGCGGUUCAAGUACCCGAACUAGAAAGAAUGCUAGCUCUUCAGGAGGCAUAACUAAACGCGGUUCUACAUUAUCUGUCUCCUCGGCCGCCAACCCCCCACCGGUGCAGGCAAGCACACCCCCGGCAACCCGGAAUAGAGCCAACAGCGUGAACGGUAGCGAGAGUCCCGCGAGUGGCGCCGCUUCGGCCGGAAACUCAUCAGGAAACACACCCACGAGCCACAACAACGGCGCUGGCUCGUCCAACGGCGCGGUCGGUGCGGUUGGCGGGAAAGGCGUUGUCCCCAUUGCCGCUGCGCCAGCAAAAGCCAUUCCCGGCCCAGGCGCCGCCGCCUUCCCACGCACCGUAGCCCCCUCUGUCUCCUCCUCAAAGCGCCAGCGCCGCUACAGCAAGAGUGUUGUGACAUUGGAGCAGACAUCGCUUACUGGUAUGGACAUCGACAGCCCGGAGAGCUCCACGGGCUCCAACGAGGCCGCCGCCGUAUCCAGGCCCUUGGGCUCGAGCAGCACGCUUACCGCCAUGCAGCCCAGCUCGAGCAGUUUGAGCUUGUCUGCCGGUGGCUUUGGCAGCGCAGCCAUGCAGCCGCAGCGGCCGCUGGCUGGGCCGGGUAGCCAGCGGGCCGGGCCCCAGGAGUGGGAGUGGUUGACCAUGAGUUUGUAA